AGCUGGGGCAAUCCCAGAAGUGAAUCAUUUUCCUGCUCUGCAUGGUCUCCAUGCCAUGGGUCUACAUAGGCAUUGUGUUCCAGGGGUUCACCCCAGAACAUUGGUGCCGGGAUUCAGGGGUGAGUCAGAUCCGGCAGAGCUGUGGCUGGAACCUGAUGGAUGCCAGAAAGAUCACCGUCCCUCUGGUCAACACCUCAGGAGUGCUGGUCCACAGUCAGUGUGAGCAAUAUGACCUGGACUGGAACAAUACGGGUCUGACCUGUGACAACCCAGAGUCUGACCUCACCGACGCCCAUCGCAGCAAAGCUCCCAUGACCUCCUGCAAGGAAGGCUGGGAGUAUGACUACGAAGUCAGACAGUCCUUUGUGACUGAGGGGUUCACCCCAGAGCAUUGGUGCCGGGACUCAGUGGUGAGUCAGAUCCGGCAGAGCUGUGGCUGGAACCUGAUGGAUGCCAGAAAGAUCACCGUCCCUCUGGUCAACACCUCAGGAGUGCUGGUCCACAGUCAGUGUGAGCAGUAUGACCUAGAAAUAGUUUGUUGUUGCCCUGUUAUUAUAAGUGUUUGACAGUUACUUACCUGCCAUUGUUGAGAAGUGGAUGGAUUGUGUUGUUUCUGUGAAUUGACAAUAUGCCGUGCGAGCAGAAAAUAUGUGAGAGAACAUGUCUAUGGUUAUACAAUCCUACUCCCGCAAGCACACAAACUUGUAAUAAAUGUGACAUUAAACUACAAUUAUAAUUAUGUGAGUAUCAUGCAGGAGUAUACAAUUAUGUAAUUAUCUUCCAGGAGUAUAGCAAAAAAAAAAUCCACAUGGUCUAAUUAGCAUAAUACGCAUAAUACACAGUGGAAUUGCACUCUGUACAGCCAGCGCUAUUAAAAAGUAACAUGCUGCCUCUGUUGGCGAGUCAACACUGUAGGUCAAGGGUAAACCUCACUAUUGGACUUUUGAUCUGCUCUUUGCUUUUAAAACCCCUGCACAAAUCCCACUGCAGUCUCACAUAUAGUAUCUCUGCUUCUGACACCCAACUCUGCAACCAUGACCACUUUCGAUGAAAUCCUAGAGGAGGCAGGGAAUUUUGGUCGUUGCCAAAAGCGCAUUUUUGCUCUGCUAUGUAUGGUGUCGUUGCCUUUUUCUGGGGUCUAUGUGGGCAUUGUGUUCCAGGGGUUCACCCCAGAGCAUUGGUGCCGGGACUCAGUGGUGAGUCAGAUCCGGCAGAGCUGUGGCUGGAACCUGAUGGAUGCCAGAAAGAUCACCGUCCCUCUGGUCAACACCUCAGGAGUGCUGGUCCACAGUCAGUGUGAGCAGUAUGACCUGGACUGGAACAAUACAGGUCUGACCUGUGACAACCCAGAGUCUGACCUCACCGACGCCCAUCGCAGCAAAGCUCCCAUGACCUCCUGCAAGGAAGGCUGGGAGUAUGACUACGAAGGCAGGCAGUCCUUUGUGACCGAGUUUGACUUGGUAUGUAAUGAUGCCUGGGUGGUGGACAUGUACCAGGCUACACUGAAUGUGGGCUUCCUUGUUGGAAGCAUAACUUUUGGAUACCUGGCUGACAGGUUCGGCAGAAAAAUGAGCUUCUUGAUGUCCAACCUCUUGAAUGGGGUUGCUGGAAUACUUGUAGCAGUGGCUCCAAACUAUAUAUCCAUGCUUGUAUUUCGCACAAUCUUUGGCUUUGCUGUUAAAGGAGGCUGGAUGUCUGUAUAUGUGCUAAUCACCGAGCUAGUGGGAGUUGAGUACAGGAGGAUGGUGGGCGUGCUUUUACAGUUGUUCUUCAGUGUAGGCAUUCUCAUUUUGACCCUCAUCGCCUACCUCAUCACUGACUGGCGCUGGCUGCAGGUGACCUUCGCUGUUCCUUAUUUCAUAUUUCUAACCUACUUCUGGUUGAUCCCAGAGUCUCCAAGAUGGCUUCUUUCUCAGAACAACUCAACCAAAGCUAAGGAGAUCAUUGAGGCAAUAGCGAAGGAAAACAAGAAAACCCUCUACAAGAACAUUGAGACGCUGAGAGACGACAAUGCACAGACCUCAACUGCCUCGUUCCUGGAUCUGGUCAGAACUCCAAACAUGAGAAAACACACCUUCAUCCUCAUGUUCAACUGGUUCACUAGUGCUAUUGUCUACCAGGGUCUUAUCAUGCGUGUGGGAAUCGCAGGAGGAAACGUCUACAUUGACUUCCUGAUCUCUGGACUGGUAGAGUUCCCUGCUGCCUUCCUAAUCCUCUUCACCAUCGAUCGUAUUGGACGUCGUCUUCCCUUUGCCACGGCCAACAUUGUAGCUGGAGUAUCCUGCUUCAUCACUGCUAUGAUCCCAGAUAGUCACUUCUGGGUCAAAACAGUUGUGGCCUGCAUUGGCCGUUUGGGCAUCACCAUGGCAUUUGAGAUGGUGGUGUUUGUGAACACUGAAUUAUACCCCACCUUUGUCAGGAACCUAGGUGUGUCAGUCUGCUCUACUCUGUGUGACAUCGGAGGCAUCGUGGCCCCGUUCCUGCUCUACAGACUGGCUACCAUCUGGCUGGAGCUGCCACUCAUCAUAUUUGGGGCGAUAGCGUGCAUAGCUGGAGGUUUAGUCUUGCUGUUGCCUGAGACCAGAGGUGUAAGACUUCCUGAGACCAUCGAUGACAUUGAGUUCCCAAACAGACACAAAGAAAACCAUCCGAAGAGUCAACAGCUGACAAAUCUCUUGCCCACUGACAUGACGACCAACAAAGAAGCUACAAUCGUCUGAUCGAUCUUGCUCCGCCUCUUCACAAGAUUGACAGCAUAUUGCACUCACGAAUUUAUGUAGCUUAGCCUAUAUGUUUUUUUGCAUUUGUUGUUUCCCAACACUAGCUGAUGUGAAUCUUUCAUGUUUUUGAGGUGCUGCUAUUUAUAUGUAUUACUGUACAGGACAUCAUUUUAGAUCAUAAUAAUUAUCAUAAUAAUAAUUUAGCUGUUAAAAUACACAAUGGGGAUUUCUAUUAUUGAAAACAAAUAGCCUUUGUUCCCUUUUUUAACAUGUGGUCAAACACCAUGGUUGUGUACCAGGCUAAAACAUAAUUGGAUUGCUUAUCAAUAUAAUUAUUUUAUUUUAUUUUCUAAACAAAAGCAAUGAACCUUGCAAUUUCGGAAGAAAUCACUGACGACAGGUAUUUCAUUUGUACGUUCAAGUCAUAAUAAAACUACAUUUAGGGCUCAAA